GCCCGGAAAAGGGAGCGUCUUUGCUUGUUUGGUUGAGGAUGAUGUCAUGGCUAACGCAAUUCCCCGCGGUUCUCGAUCAACACCAGGGUUGCGCUUCCUUGCUUUCAGGUUACGCUACGCCCACCUAUGAAUUUCCACCUCGCCGUGUCGUGAGAUCUGUCUUUCUCCAUCUACAGCCUCAAUUGCGCUGAGGGACUCAGUUGCAGUCCUCUCACCCCUUACCCAGCCCGAACGAUGGCGCAACAGCAGCACGCCCCCGGCAGCCACUACUCCGGACACAACCCCAUCCCCACAGUGAAGCAGUUCGUUGAAAACCUCGACCGCGAUAAAAAGAGUAGGGACAAGGAGAUUGACGAGCGCGCCAAGGCUGCGAAGGCACAGACUGGUACAGCAUCGACUGCUGCUGGAAAAACUCCCUCCACACCACCCAGGGCAGACAAGAAGACGCCUGCGACGACACCAAAGACGCCAGCUCAAGAUGGCGUGCAGGACCACCAGGUCUCAAAGAAGACGGUUGAGGGCACAGAGAAGACCGUCACAGACCCCACAACCGGCAGGGAAGUCGUCAUUGCCGAUGUUGGCAAGGAGAUGGUUGACGAGGUUGAGAACCCACAUCUGAUCGUGCCCAACGCCAAUCUGAAGAAGCCUACACCCAUCAAGACAGACCCUUCACAGUCGCUCGCAGACUACAAGGAAGCACAAGACGUGACCGCUCCACCAGACCCCGUCGCCGAAGGCACUACCUCCGAUGUCCCCAUCCACGGCGAAAAGACCAACGUUCUUUUCCACCCAACCCCGUCGGUCAGCUAUGAGCCCAUGUUCGCUGAGCUGGAGAAGCGUGCAGGCAUCCUGUGCAUUGGCAUCGUUGUCGUCACAAUAGUCGUGGGAAAGAUGUUUGGCGGUGCACUGAAGGGCUUGGUACCACUGGCCAUGUGCCUAGCCUCUGGAGUCUGGCUCUGGAUGAAGGAGGUUGUGCGCAGUGGCAGAGAGGUUGAGUGGUCCAGCGAGCAGACUCGUGGACAGUUGGCCACCCUCAACCUGCUCCCUGAAUCAGUCGAAUGGAUGAACACCUUCCUGGGUAUCAUGUGGGGUCUCAUUAACCCUGAUAUGUUCCAGGGCGUCGCCGAUACCCUUGAGGAUGUCAUGCAAGCUUCGGUUCCAGGCAUCAUUGAGAACGUCCGAGUCGCCGAGAUCAACCAGGGUAGCAACCCUCUGCGCAUCCUCAGCAUGCGCGCGCUCCCAGACAACCAGAUGGGCGAGAUGAAGCAGGCUAUCCACGAGGAGAACAAGAAGACCAAGGACCCCCAGGAAGCGGCAGCAGAUGAGGAGGGCGGUGACUACUACAACCUGGAAGUCUCGUUCGCCUACCACGCCCAACCGAGCGGCAAGCGUACAUCAGACAAGGCGCGCAACAUGCACAUGAACUUGGUAUUCUACCUGGGAAUUAAGGGUCUCUUUGGUGUUCCACUACCAAUUUUCGUCGAGCUUCAGUCGCUGGUCGGUACCGUUCGCUUGCGAAUGAACAUGACACCUGAGGCGCCGUUCUUGAAGAACUUGACCUUCACUCUAAUGGGUGCCCCUCAGGUUACGGCUGGCUGCACACCCAUGUCCGAGAAGGCGCCCAACAUCCUCAACCUUCCACUGAUCAGCAAUUUCGUUAACUACGCUAUCAAGGCUGCGGCGAGCAUGUAUGUUGCUCCCAAAUCCAUGUCUCUUGACAUGAGGGCCAUUCUGCAGGGUGACUCGAUCCAGAAAGAUACUGAAGCUCUUGGUGUUCUGUGGAUCCGCAUUCACCGCGCUAAAGGCCUGAGCAAGCAGGACCGGCGUGGGUCGAAGCACGGAGGCAGCGACCCAUACAUCACACUCGCUUUCUCCAAGUACGGCAAGCCCAUGUACUGCACUCGUGUCAUCACCGACGAUCUCAACCCCAUUUGGGAAGAAACCGCUGCCCUUCUCGUUAGUCCCGAGUUGAUCAAGGCCAAUGAAAACCUCAGUGUCGAGCUUUGGGAUUCUGACAGGCACACCGCGGACGACAUUGUCGGCAAGGUCGAGCUCUCCAUGCAGAAGAUGAUCCAACACCCCGGCAAAAUGUAUCCUCAGGUGUCUAAGUUGGCCGGCAUGGAUGCCGAUAGCGAGAUGCCUGGUGAGCUGCACUGGGAAGUCGGUUACUUUGGCAAGCCCAAGUUCAGACCUGAGCUCAGGACAGACGGCAAGAACAGGAGUCUGCCAGAUCAACUCAAGGACGACCCUAAGCUGCAGGACGAGAAGGGUGUCAUCAACUCAGACGAAGACUAUGCGGUUAUGCACACUCCUCCGGACCCACUCUGGCCGAGCGGUAUUUGCAGUGUUGUUAUUCAUCAGAUCGUCAACCUCGAACUCGAGAACGUCAAGGGUACCUCAGGCAGUAGGAAUGGCCGCGAGUACGAACCCGCGAAACCCUACGGCGAGGCAACUGAGGAGACUGGUGGCGACCUUCCUACAUCAUACUGCACCAUACUGUACAAUGAUCAACUGGUCUACCGCACACGUGCAAAGGCUGUCUCAUCUCAGCCCAUCUUCAACGCUGGAACCGAGCGCUUCAUUCGCGACUGGCGGUCUGCUAUCAUUACAGUCACCGUGCGCGACUCCCGCAACCGCGAGCACGACCCCAUCCUUGGUGUUGUCCCUCUCAAGCUUUCCGACAUUCUCGAGACCUCCUCGCAAGCCACCCGUUGGUAUCCUCUCGAUGGCGGUAUCGGAUUCGGUCGCAUCCGUAUUUCGCUUCUGUUCCGCGGCAUCGAAACACGUCUGCCUCCUCAGAUGCUUGGCUGGGAUGUUGGUACAUUUGAGUUUAGGUCUCACAACAUUUUGAUGACCGGCUAUAACCACUCUCCCAAGCUCAAGCUACGAACAGGUGGUAGCACUGGUAAGAUUAGUCGCGCCCACGCGCAUAAGCUGCCCGAGGGUGACGGCUACUACUUUGAUUUAGAGAAGAACAAUGGUCGUGACAACGUCCGCCUGCCCGUCAAGCAUCGCUACAGGUCGCCGAUCGUCUUCGAGUUCCAUAUCGCUGGCAAGCGCAAGGCAGACGCUUACGCUGUCAUCUGGCUUCAACACUUCAUCGACAACGAGGAUGCUGACAUCAACAUCCCCAUCUGGACAACAACACACCCCCAGCGCCUCACACAGAACUAUAUCACCGAAGAUAACUGCAAGAAGGAGCCCGGUCUCGAGGACCUCAAGGAGGUCGGCCGUCUGCAGUUCCGCGCCCGCUUUAAAGCCGGCACAGACGAGUCGCACGAAGCAUUUGUCGUCGACAACGACUCGCGCGAGACGUACGAGACCUGGGAAGCCUGUCUGACCGAAGGCGUUCGCAACCGCAAGGUCGACAAGGAACUGCCCGAGCGUGUCCAGCAGCUGCACGAAGAAUCCCUCACCGCAGGCCGCGACAUACUCAAGAACGCCGACGAGGAAGAGAAGAGGAAGUGGCUCGCCAAAGACGGAAAAGACUGGUCUGGCGCCUUCGGAGAAGACCCCAAAGCGUACAUGGAUACCAAGGGCCGCAAGCGCAGAGAACCAGGUGUCGAGCAGCCCCUGCACGACCCGUUCCACCCCUCAUCCGACGAGGAUCACGACGACUACUCCGACGACAACUCAGAUUCCAGCUCAGACCUGGGCAUCGAGGACGCAACGAACACCGGCAGCGCAACGUCCAUGUCCGGCGGCCCUGGCGGCGGCGAUCAGGCCAAAAGCCCCAACGGUGGCUUCAAGCACCAGUCGACGGAUCUCUCGCCGGAUGGUGGACGGCCAUCUCAGUCUACGGCGCGCACGUGGGAUACGACGGACUCGAAUGGCAGCCAGUCAACGAAGAGCACCAACAAGCAGAACAAGCGGACCGAGGAGCGCAAGCACCGUGGUCUGAUGCAGUGGAAGCCUGCCAGGAACUUGGUGUUUGCAAAGGACGAGACCAAAAUUGGGCUUAAAAAGCUCACGAAGAAAGUGACUGGUGGGUUGGAGGGACGACAGCCUGGUGUUGAAACUGAAACUGGAAGCUAAACGAUUCACCUGCAUGCCAUACCCAAGCGACGGCGUUUUGGUGCAGAUACUGAUUGACCUAUGAUGUUUAGUUUAUGAUAAUGAUAGCAUGCUGGGGCGAAAAGGCAAAGCUUGGUUUGGAAAUAGUAAUUUUGUUACUGAA